GCAAGUCCUUAGACAGUGACCACCACUGUGUCUUCGACGUGUUCUUCAUUGACAACAUAUGCUACAAUGUCGAAUUCGCCAGGGCCUGCCAAAGUCUCGUUUACUAUCCGUCGACCAACACCGGUCUCGCGAGCUAGCUCAACUGGAGCGGACUCAGACUCGUCUUUCAAACUACCUGCCCUUCCCCGGCACUUGACCAAUGGAGCCAGCACACCGGGUAGUCCCCUCGCUCGUAGUGCGCCUGCAUCGCCCAAACCAUCUAGGGCCCGGACAUAUCAUGAACGAGAUAGCUCGGAGGAAGAAGAAGAGAUACAGGAUGAAUUGGUGACCGGCUUCGAUCAGUUUGGUGUUCAGCGAUUAUAUGAGAAGAAAAAACCAGAAGGACCUCUGGUUAUUCCCCCGCUCAAGAACAAAGAUUGGAGGGAACUUGCUCGCAAACGCAAGAGUCUCUACGUUCCCCCAAGUGCUAUUGCAGCCACUGGAGCCGAUGGAAGUGUUGGUGGGCUUGGCACGAAGGAUACGAUUCAAUCAGGUCCUCAACUGGCUGGGUUGCAGCUGAAGAAGAGGGUGAAGCUGGAAGAAAGUACAGGCGUGAAGAUGGAAGUCGAGCAAGAUGGCGUUAAUAUCAAGACCGAAGUCAGCGCAGUUAGUACAUCGCUAACUGAAACGGUGGAGGAAGUCAAAUUAGAGCAAGAAACAGAGGAUCAGAAGGCUUUGCGUGCCAUUCUUGCAGGAGUCACCGAUGAACAUGCCAACGAAAGGCAAAUAGACAUCAUUCCUGCGGUGAUCAGCGAAGACGAUGCUUUCAAACAAGACGUCGUUGAGCUGCCAGAACCUGCAACACUCGAGGACUAUGAACGUGUCCCGGUGUCCCAGUUUGGCGCAGCACUACUCAGAGGGAUGGGUUGGAAAGAGGGCACCGCGGCUAGUAAACGGAAGGGAGCGGAUGGGAAGGAGAAGGGACUGGUUGAGCCGUGGUUACCACAGGCUCGACCUGCACUGCUGGGUAUCGGAGCCAAGGAGAAGCAGGUGUACGACGAUGGAAGCGGAAAAGGGAAGAAGGGUGGAAAGAAAGCCAGACCAGAGAGGAAGUACAUGCCUAUCCUGAAGGUGGAAAAACCCAACGGUGAUGAUAGCAGGCAUGGUAGUGAAGAACGUGGUUCAAGAUCCGGAAGCUCUUCACGUCGACGUUCGCCGUCCCCAUCCUACUCAUCCUCACGAAAAGUUUCAAGAAGGUCACCUUCGCCUGAUCGUCGACGAGAUCGCGAGCGUGAUCGCUAUGGUUCAGACUACGACCGGAGUAGACGCGACGAAUACAGGGAGAAAGACAAGGAUCGAGAGCGGUCCAGGGACCGGGAGCGCGAUAGACGGAGGGACGACGAGUCCAGUUCUUCUCGCAGAGACCGGGAUCGUGAUAGCGAUAGACGAAGAGAUCGUCGAGACUACUAACAAUCCGACCUCUUCUAUUGGUGACUUGAUACUCGUUUCCGCAACUUGGGCUGUGUUCAAUAAUAUAUUAUACAUUGAAUCUACAGAAUUCCGCCCACUGGCUGCUCAGCGAAACCUUUUGCUUGGUCGUAUACAAGGUGCCCACGCAGAUAUGUCUGUUCAACCCUGCC